AGAAGAAGUAACGCUGAGGUGGAUAACGAACAUGUAGUGGAGGAAGAGAGAAAGAAGAAGGAAGGAAAAAAAGUUGGAAAGAAAAACCUUCGCGAGAGAGCAUGGAAUCUUAAUCUGCCCACUGUCAUCACAACCAUCUCCAAAAUCGAAAUUCCGAAUUCCGAAUAUAAAAAAUAAGAAUAAAAAAGAAAAUAAUAAAAAAAAUUAAAAAAGGCACACCAUAACACCAAAAACAAACCUUUGUUUGUUUUCAAUUUUCAUUUCCCCAAACCCAAACACCCCAUCAUCAAAACAAUAGUACCACUCACCGCCAUCAACGGCCACAGUGUCUUUCUCUGUGUGAGAGAGAGAAAUACAUCAUUCCAAGGCCAACAAGAUGAGACCAUGACGACGCCAUUAAACCUUCAGCAGCAGCAGCAUCAGCAGCUACAGCAGGCGGCGAGAACCGUGAGGAGGGUGGUGGUGGAGGUUGUUGACGCUCGCAACCUUCUUCCGAAAGAUGGACAAGGUAGUUCGAGCCCUUACGUGGUUGCGGACUUCGACGGCCAGAGGAAAAGAACCACCACCCGGUUCAAGGAGCUGAAUCCGGUUUGGAACGAGCCCAUGGAGUUCAUAGUCUCCGACCCGGAGAACAUGGAGUUCGAGGAGCUCGAAGUUGAGGUCUACAACGACAGAAAGUUUGGUAACGCUAGUGGGAAGAAGAACCAUUUCCUUGGAAGGGUGAAGCUGUACGGAACACAGUUCGCGAGGAGAGGGGAAGAAGGCCUUGUUUACUUCACUUUGGAGAAGAAGAGUGUGUUCAGUUGGGUAAGAGGUGAAAUCGGACUCAAGAUUUAUUACUAUGACGAGUUGUUGCCUGAGGAUGAUAGGCCGCCGCAGGUUCCGCCACCUGAGGAGGGUGGACCGCCGCCGGAGCAGGAGCAAGAGAGGGGGAGACCGCAUGGGGUAACGAUUGUGGAGGAAGGGAGGGUUUUUGAAGGUCCAGGAACAAUGGAACCGCCGCAGAUGCAUCCACAUUGUAUGCCUUUUCCUGAACCACAGCCUCACUCGCCGCGUGUGGUGGUGGUGGAGUCUCCGCCGCCAGUUGUUCACGUUCAUCACGAUCCGCCACAGGGGACGGAGAUUGGCGGUGGAGGUGCUGGUUCUGGUGGUCCGCCGGAGAUGAUGCAGUACCCUCCUCCCGUAGGCCCGGCGGCGGCGGAGGUAAGGAGGAUGCAGGCGGUGAAAGGGGAGAGAGUGAGAAUUCUAAAGAAACCAAACGGCGCCGGCGAUUACUCUCCGAAGGUUAUUCCGACGAAGCAACACGGCGGCGUUGAGUCCGAACGUGUUCACCCUUACGAUCUGGUGGAACCAAUGCAGUACUUGUACGUCAGAAUCGUGAAAGCUCGAGGGUUAGCACCAAGCGAGGGUCCGUACGUUAAGGUUCGAACGUCAAGUCACUACGUGAAAUCGAAACCAGCGAGUUACCGUCCCAACGAACCCAACGACUCGCCCGAGUGGAAUCAGGUCUUUGCCUUGAGCUGCAACAAAACUGAUGCUAACACCGCCACAUUGGAGAUCUCAGUUUGGGACUCACCGUCGGAGAAUUUCCUCGGCGGCGUUUGCUUUGAUCUCUCCGAUGUGCCAGUUCGUGACUCUCCCGAUAGCCCACUUGCUCCGCAGUGGUACCGUCUAGACGGUGUUGCCGCCGAUCAGAUUCCGGGAAGAGUUUCCGGCGAUAUUCAGCUUUCUGUUUGGAUUGGAACUCAAUCUGACGAUGCGUUCGCUGAAGCUUGGAUCUCAGAUGCGCCAUACGUGGCUCACACGCGCUCAAAGGUAUACCAAUCACCAAAGCUUUGGUACCUGCGCGUGACUGUAAUCGAAGCUCAAGACCUAAGCAUUGCUCCAAAUCUGCCACCAUUAACGGCUCCAGAAGUUAGAGUGAAGGUGCAGUUAGGGUUUCAGUCAGGUAGAACAAGGCGAGGGAGCAUGAACCACCAUAGCCUGUCGUUCCACUGGAACGAAGACCUUCUCUUCGUCGCCGGUGAGCCUCUAGAAGAUUCCAUGAUUCUACUUGUUGAAGACCGGACGAGCAAGGAACCUGCACUCUUAGGCCACGUCGUGAUUCCAUUGACAUCAAUCGAGCAGCGAAUCGACGAGCGCCACGUGCCUGCGAAAUGGUUCCCCUUAGAAGGAGGUGGAGGUGGUGGAUCCUACUGCGGGCGAGUUCACCUCCGUCUCUGCCUAGAAGGUGGCUAUCACGUGCUCGACGAGGCCGCUCACGUGUGCAGCGAUUUCCGCCCCACUGCGAAGCAGCUCUGGAAACCACCGAUCGGAAUCUUGGAGCUGGGAAUCCUCGGCGCCCGCGGCCUCCUUCCGAUGAAAACAAAGGGCCCAGGGAAGGGCUCGACCGAUGCUUACUGUGUAGCCAAGUAUGGCAAGAAAUGGGUCCGAACCCGCACCGUUACGGACUCGUUGGAUCCACGUUGGAAUGAACAGUACACAUGGCAGGUCUAUGACCCCUGUACCGUUCUAACCAUUGGAGUCUUUGACAACUGGCGCAUGUUCGCUGACGUGGCAGAGGACAAGCCAGACUGCCGCAUAGGGAAGGUACGCAUACGAGUAUCUACGCUGGAGAGCAACAGGAUCUACACAAACUCAUACCCACUAUUAGUCCUCACACGAAGCGGGCUCAAGAAAAUGGGUGAAAUCGAGUUAGCCGUCCGGUUCGCCUGCCCAUCAUUGUUGCCCGACACGUGUGCCGUCUACGGGCAGCCUCUUCUCCCCAGAAUGCACUACCUCCGCCCCCUUGGCGUGGCGCAGCAGGAGGCCCUCCGAGGUGCCGCAACGAAGAUGGUAGCGCAGUGGCUGGCGCGGUCGGAGCCGCCGCUGGGGCACGAGGUAGUACGUUACAUGCUUGACGCAGACUCGCACGCAUGGAGCAUGAGGAAGAGUAAGGCCAAUUGGUUCAGAAUCGUUGCGGUUUUGGCUUGGGCCGUUGGGCUUGCAAAAUGGUUAGAUGACAUAAGAAGGUGGAGGAACCCAAUAACAACGGUUCUGCUUCACGUUUUGUAUUUGGUUCUUGUUUGGUACCCUGAUUUGGUUGUCCCAACCGGGUUCUUAUACGUGGUUCUUAUUGGAAUUUGGUAUUACCGCUUCAGACCAAAGAUACCAGCCGGGAUGGAUACCCGGUUGAGCCAGUCGGAAGCGGUUGACCCUGAUGAGCUUGACGAGGAAUUUGAUACUAUGCCGAGUUCGAAGCCCGCAGAGGUGAUUCGGGUUCGCUAUGAUCGGUUGAGGAUGCUUGCGGCCCGGGUCCAAACGGUUUUGGGCGAUUUUGCUACCCAAGGGGAGAGGGUUCAGGCCCUUGUGAGUUGGAGGGACCCACGGGCGACAAAGCUGUUCAUUGGGGUGUGCCUUGUUAUUACUAUAAUACUGUAUACGGUGCCGCCCAAGAUGGUUGCGGUGGCGUUGGGUUUUUACUUUUUGAGACACCCAAUGUUCAGGGAUCCCAUGCCGCCGGCGAGUUUGAACUUUUUCCGGCGACUUCCCAGCUUGUCUGAUCGGUUGAUGUAGAUGAUCCAAAUUCAACAGACUAGAAUUUUUCUUUUUCUUUGUUUUAUUAUAGUUUUUUAUUAUUUUUUUAAUUUCUCUAUAUUAAGUGACAAUUUUUUGUUAGAGAAGAACAUUUAUUUAAUAUAUAUUGGAAUAGGGAUGAAUUGAUGGGUGACAAAUUUUUUAUUAUUAUUAUUAUUUUAGAGUUGAAAAAGUUGUGAAGCUCAAGAAGGAGGAGUGAUAAAAGAAGUGGAAAGUUACUGGCUGUCAUCAUUUAUUUUUUGCUGUAAUGAAAUUGAUUUAAUACU